AUGGCAGCAAUACAACUAUCCGACGCGGAUAUUCCCAGUUGUGCUGGGAAAGUCGUGGUGAUCACCGGAGGAAGCUCAGGGAUCGGCUGGGCGACGGGAGAGAUCUUUGCUUCCCAUGGGGCUCGUGUCUUUCUGCUAGAUAUACGGGCACCCCAGGAAGAUCUUCCUCCAAAUUCUCAAUAUAUUGAGUGUGACAUUACAAGAUGGGCAGAUAUUUUGGCCGCUUUUGAGGUGGUAGGAGAUGUGAUUGACAUCCUUGUUGCCAAUGCUGGUGUCUCUGAAGAGGUCAACUACUUUGAAGAUACGUUCGACUCCGAGGGCAAACUGGUUGAACCUGGUUACGGCGUCAUCGAAGUAAACCUUCGCGGCACCAUAAAUGUUAUCAAAGUUGGACUUAGUAUUAUGCGACGCAGAAAGACAGCCGGCAGUAUCGUGAUUACAAGUAGUGCGACGGCAUAUUCCCCAGAAUAUACACUGCCGGUCUAUAGUGCAACAAAGUUAGGCCUUAUUGGGCUCAUGCGUGCUCUUCGGGCAACACUUCCACUGGAUAACAUCACAAUCAAUACAGUUGCUCCAGCGGCAACGCUAACGGGACUUAUCCCACCGGAAUUAGCCAAACCAAUCAUUGCCAUGGGUCUUCCGACCAGCUCUGCGGACUUUGUUGGUCUUGCUAUAGCAUACUCUGCAGUGGCCCUCGAAACACGACAGGUUGAGCUAUAUGGAAAAGACCCUGAUACCGCCAUUGUGGAUUGCAAAAGCCGUUGGAACGGCCGCACGAUUCUGACACUGGGUGACCGGUACACUGAGCUUGAGCAAACUAUCUCCGACCUUCGUCUCAAGUGGUUUGACCUACUUGAGGAAAUGAGCCUUGAUGAAGGAUCUACCUACAAUGAAAAACUCAUGUCAAUUUCACGAGGGGACGUUCCACCCGACCAGAAUAUUCCUGCCGAGUGGAUUAUGUAUGAUCUAUGGGAAGACAUGAGAGCCUGCGAUCAUGUGCUUGCAAAUGAACUGUUAGAACCUGUGUUUACUUUCAUGAGAGCACAGACGGAUAAAACACGGUUGACCAUCCAUCAGUUUGGGGAGUAUCUUGACUAUCGUGAAAAGGAUGUCGGGCAAGCCCUUCUUUCUGGUCUGCAGCGCUACACCAUGAAACUCUACCUUACCCAGGAAGACCUUCAUAUGGCUGCACCUGUUGAACGCAACUGCGCAAAGCAUAUUGCAAUCCUCAAUGACAUUUACAGCUGGCGGAAAGAAUUGCUGGCUUCUAAGGUGCUUCAUCACGAGGGCGCUGCUAUCUGUUCUUCUGUGCAGGUACUGUCCGAGGUGACUGCUCUAAACUACGCUGCCACCCAGCGGGUCUUGUGGACCAUGUGUCGCGAGUGGGAAUCGGUGCAUAAACAGCUCGUGGCUGAUAUGGCAGAAAUAGGGAGCCGAGACUUCUUAGAUUAUAUUCGCGGGCUUGAGUUUCAGAUGAGCGGAAAUGAGCGCUGGAGUGAAUCAACUUCUCGUUAUCAUUUUUAG